UCUGGUCAUAGCCGUUCGGUUUUAUUUCGCUUUUGCCCAUCAUUUCAACCUUCCUUUGUGAAAUUCUCCGUCUUGGUUUCUUUGCUCGUCGCUUGAGAAUGUGAUUUGUAACUUUUGUUCAUCAUAAUUUAUUCUUCAUUUCGCUGGACUUGGUGGAAUUACGAAAUUUGUGUUUUCCCGUUUUGUUUCGCUGGUUCGGUGUUGUGUAUAGGGGGGAAAAGCAUUAGGCAUUGGGAUAUGGACAUGACCGUUCUUUCUGAAUUGAGAUUAUGCAUCAGGUGAGUUGAAAACAUCAGGAAAAUAGUCUAGGAAGUGCCAUAAGUGGAGCAUGGACAUGGAAGGCCAUGGCGAUCAGACGAGGCUCAAACCAUCAGUUAUUUUAACUGGAACAGCCAAUGAAGGUAGCUCUGGCCCUCCUAUUGGUCUUGUUGAUAUUGGCGUGAGUGAAGGUGCAUACCUCUUCCGCGUUGCAAUGCCUGGUGUACGAAAGGAUCCAAGUAAGGUAAAAUUUGAGAUCAAAAGGGAUGGUAAGGUUCAGAUUGAAGGAGUGAUGGCAGGUCCAGGCCUCUUAAAAGAAUCAUCAGCUAUGUACGAGAUGAAAGUCCAGCAACUGUGUCCUCCGGGACCUCUUACGAUUUCUUUUAAGCUGCCUGGACCAGUCGAUCCACGGUUGUCGUCUCCUAGUUUCCGGGCUGAUGGCAUUCUGGAAGUGGUGGUUAUGAAGUCUAAAGCACCUCCAACAGUGUCUGAUUCCUACCCACCAUUGUGAGGAGUAUGAUGGAGAGAGGUAUCUGGUUUUGCUGUCUCCUUUUGUUCUUCAUUUCCAGUCACUUGAAUUACCCAAAGACACAAAAAUGAUUAUAGUUUUCUAUGUUAACUAUUUCUUUUCAUAUGAAGUAGGGUUUUUAAAUCACUUGCAAUGUAAUUUAAUCCAUAGUUUUGCCCAUUUAAAGUCUA